GGGUGCAGGCAACACGCAACAGACAGUGUAACUUGAGUCCUCAAACCGUGUACAUCUGUGUACUUUCUGUACAUUCUGUACAAUCCGUACAAUUUGUACAAUUCGUACAUCGGAUAGAGGAAGUCAUCAUUUCAGCAGUCACGCUAAAUCAUCAAAAAAAACAUUUGUUGUUUUGUGAGAUAGGAGGCUGAUUUACACAGUGAACCUUCAAGUUUUUUAAUUAAUUAAAUAAUUAUUCAUUAAAUAAUAAACACACUUACAACUCUUCAUUCCUUAACUAAACGGUGAUUCAGUGAGAUUUUGAGCACAGAAGAACUUCAUCUGAAGGUCAGAAAAGAUGGGAUCUAUGGGCCUACUUUUAGCAGACUGGUCCAUUCAACUUAUCAAGUCAAGACGGCAAAAAGGGAAACAGAAGAAGGAGAAUGGGAAAACUGAGAAGAGAAAAGAUGGAGGAAUAGAUGAAACCUGCACCACGUGUCAGUCUAACCAUACGGAGCUAAACCUACACAGAGUAAAGUGUAGUUCCAUCCAAACACAACAUGAAGCUCUGGUAGAACUUCUCCGUCAGUUCUCCUCUGAGCUCAGGACGGAUUCAGAGAACCCGGAGUUGGAAGAUCAACUCGCAAACUUCGGAUCGGGGAAGUCUGUGGUUGAAUAUAUCCGCGUUCUUAUAAAACAAUCUCAGGAAGCAAGAAUAGAUGUUGAAGCAGCCCGGGAAGAAAGAAAUCUUCUAGCUGAAGGAAUUGGCCGGCAGCUGGCUGAGAGGGAUAGAGUUCAUUCAGAGAAACUACAAUCCUUGGAGACCUUAAUGCACGAGAAGGAGAAACAGCUGAUUGAUGCCGCUAAUGCACUUCGGCAACAGCUGACCGCAGCAAAACGGAAUUUGGCGCAUUUGCAGGAUCGAGAAGAACAGCUGAUUCAAACAGUCAAUUUUACGGGAAAUAGUCUAGAACAAGAAGUUCAAAGUUUACGGAUAGUUCUAGAGAUGAGACGUGUUGAAGUUGACCAGCUUAGGGCGGCAAAUAAUGCAUUAAUGUUGGAGAUGGAGCGAUGUCUAGCACAGGAACACCAGCUUCAGCAGCAGAACCAGAGGGUUGAGGAGAUGGAAAUGGUUAUUCAGAACAAGAACAUCGAGAUCAGAAAACUGUAUGACGAUCAAGAAACCCUGCAGCAUCAAUUAGACAUCGAGGAAUCGGCUCAUCUUUCCUGUCAGCAGGAACUUGAGAGAAGUCAGUGGGCCCUGGAAAAUUUUGUAUCCUGUAAUAGAGAAAAGGCUAUUGGUAGACUGAAGAACCUAAAGGAUGCCAGUCUUAUUCUAGAUCUUGUACACAAGGACAAAUCUGUUGCCUACAGUAUCAACUGCUAGAGAAAGUCAAGAAAUCAUCUGAAAUUGUGUUAAAUCUAUAAGUGUAUCCUCUGUAAUCUAUACAUACUCCAUGUUUAACUAAAUAAAUCUAUGACAAUUAAAA